AUGAAGCAAUCUGUUUCCGGCUCAGUUGUCGACACCACAGAGCUCGAAAUUCUGUUCAUUCCAUCUGACUUUGAUGAACCCACACAUGAAAGCCUCAAACUUGGAAGCCUCGCUCGCUAUGAACAGCAAAUGCAGGAGGGAGCUGCGUUUGGUACCCUUCACAAUACACGGAUGAUCGUCAAGACCAUUGUAUCUCUGCACUCCGAGAAGAAGGCACAUGCAUAUGGGCAGGAGUGGCACACCUGGGCAGCGGCGCAAAUUCGGGAGGUGGAGGAACGUCAGGAUCGGGCCAUUGAUCACUACAACAUUAUCUGA